GUCUUUGAAAAACUUGGUUAUUUCCCCGGUUUGGGAUUAGGUUGGUGGUUGAACCUCUAUUGAUUUUUUUUCUUCCAUUGUUUUUCUUCUGGAUGCCCAUGUUAUUUUUUUCUGUUAAUAUUACUGGAUUUCCCUCCCCCCACUUUUAACAUGUAAGCUGUGCAGAAUCUCCUGAAGUUGGUCAGCUUCUAAAUCUAAUAAAAUAAAUACAUAAUCAAAUACAUAAUCAAUCCUGGGUUGAUUGGUUCUAUUUUUUCCUUUUAUCAAUAUCACCCUAGAUAUCUUUUUUCAACAUUUUAUUUCCUACAGUCUUAUCAACUGUGGACUUUCUGGCAAUGAAGAGAAUGUCAGAACUAAAGAAUGAGCUAAAUGGCAACAUGUAUGCUGUUUUCUCUGAAUAGCUGGGUCAUAAAUAGUUUGACGGUGAAAACAUGUAUAUGAGUAUGACAGAGCCGAGCCAGGAGUAUGUGCCAGCCAGCCAGUCUUUUCCUGGUCCAAGUCUUGAAAGUGAAGAUUUUAACAUACCUCCCAUUACUCCACCUUCAUUACCUGACAAUUCACUGGUGCAUUUGAAUGACACAGAAUCUGGUUACCCUUCACUGUGUCACCCUAUCAACCAUAAUGGCCUGCUUCCAUUCCACCCCCAAAAUAUGGAUCUACCUGAAAUCACAGUCUCAAAUAUGCUUGGCCAAGAUGGAACGAUGCUUUCAAAUACUUUGUCUGUGAUGCAAGAAUUACGGAAUACAGAAGGAACUCAAUAUAAUUCCCAUCCCCAGAUAGCAGCCAUGAGGCCAAGAGUCCAGCCUGGAGAUAUGAGGCAACCAGGAAUAAUACAACAUGGUCAGCUGACAACUAUUAACCAAUCACAACUAAGUGCUCAGCUUGGUUUAAAUAUGGGUGGAAACAAUGUUCCUCACAACUCUCCAUCUCCCCCUGGUAGCAAAUCUGCCACUCCUUCACCAUCCAGUUCAGUUCAUGAAGAUGAAGAAGAUACUUCAAAGAUCAAUGGGGGAGAAAAAAGACCUGCCUCUGACAUGGGAAAGAAACCCAAAACUCCUAAGAAGAAAAAAAAGAAGGAUCCUAAUGAGCCACAAAAACCUGUUUCUGCUUAUGCAUUAUUUUUCCGAGAUACUCAAGCAGCUAUUAAGGGCCAAAAUCCAAAUGCUACUUUUGGUGAAGUUUCUAAAAUUGUAGCAUCUAUGUGGGAUGGCUUGGGAGAAGAGCAAAAGCAGGUAUAUAAAAAGAAAACUGAAGCUGCUAAGAAAGAGUAUCUGAAGCAGUUAGCUGCGUAUAGAGCAAGCCUUGUAUCAAAGAGCUACAAUGAGCCCGUGGAUGUUAAAGUAUCCCAGCAACCUCAGAUGAUGAGCCCAAAGCAGCCAGUAUUCCAUGCAUCCACACAGCCUCAUUCAGCAAUGUACUUGGGUUCCCAUUACCACCAACAAACAGGAAUGAAUUCUCAUAUAACAGCCAUACAUCCCAAUAUUCCAAGGAAUAUAGCACCUAAGCCUAACAACCAAAUGCCAGUGACUGUUUCAAUAGCCAACCUGGCUGUAACUCCUCCACCAACCCUUCAGAUGAGUCCUCCAAUUCAUCCACAUCUCAGUAUACAACAACAUCAGACACUUACAAUGCAGCAAUCGAUUGGAAAUCAGCUGCCAAUGCAAGUGCAGUCUGCUAUACAUUCACCAACAAUGCAACAAGGUUUUACUCUCCAGCCUGAUUACCAGAAUAUUAUUAAUCCAACAUCUACAGCUGCACAAGUUGUUACCCAAGCAAUGGAAUAUGUUCGUUCAGGAUGCAGAAAUCCCCCAGCACAGACCGUGGAAUGGAAUAAUGAUUACUGCAGUAAUGGGGCCAUGCCGAGGGACAAAGCGCUGUAUCUUACCUGA